AGAAGCGAGUAGACUUUUAACCUCCGCAGCCAAGUAAUAGUUCAUACAAAGGCAUUUGCAGCCGCCUACAGUGAACUUCUUCUCAAUUUAGCCUGAACCUUUCAUUAUGGCCAACUACAUUCAUGUACCCGAAGAGGCGCCCGCUGUACCCAAAAUAGAUGUCACAUUAGACGAGAACGAUUACAGAUCUGGUGCGUUGAGACUGAUCAAGGAACUGAGACCGUUCUGGAAACCAUCCGAGGUCAAAAUGAAGUUCUUCACAGAUGGAAUCACCAAUAAGUUGCUGGGCUGCUACGUGGGCGGGGUCAUGCAGGAUGUGGUCCUGGUGCGUAUCUAUGGCAACAAGACAGAGCUGUUUGUGGACCGGGAGAACGAGGUGAAGAGUUUCCGGACGCUCCACGCACACCGCUGCGCCCCGCGUCUCUACUGUACCUUCAACAACGGCCUCUGCUAUGAGUUCCUACAGGGCCAGGCACUGGAACCUGAACACAUCCGGAGCCUGCCCACGUCCAGGCUCAUCGCGAGGCAGCUGGCUAAGUACCAUGCCAUCCAUGCUCACAACGGAUGGGUGCCCCAGUCAGACCUGUGGCUGACAAUGGGCAAGUACUUCGCCCUGGUGCCCAAGUUCUUCCAAGACCCAGAGAUGAACAUAAGGUUAAACAGUGAGGUGCCUAGUCGAAGGCGACUGAGGGAAGAGAUGGUGUGGAUGCAGCAGAGUCUGUCUGUGCUGGGCUCUCCUGUAGUCCUCUGCCACAACGACCUGCUGUGUAAGAACAUAAUCUAUAAUCAGCAAGGAGAAAAUGUCAAGUUCAUUGACUACGAAUACGCUGGGUACAAUUACCAAGCCUAUGACAUUGGGAACCACUUCAAUGAGUUUGCAGGUCUGAAUGAGGUGGACUACAGCCACUACCCAGAGCGGAGUUUGCAGCUGCAGUGGCUGCGCUCCUACUUGGAGGCCUAUAAGGAACACAAAGGUCAAGGGUCAGAGGUCACUGAGACAGAGGUGGAGGUGCUCUACGUACAGGUCAACCGCUUUUCCCUGGCAUCUCAUUUCUUCUGGGGCCUAUGGGCUCUGAUUCAGGCAGAGUUCUCCACCAUUGACUUUGACUUCCUGGGAUACGCAGUCCUUCGCUUCAGCCAGUAUUUCAAGAUGAAGCCAGAGGUUGCAGCGCUGAACUUUCCAGAAUAAAAGUUCUCCCUAUCUGGUCCUCAUGUCCACCGUAGAGUGCCCUCUAGAGGGUGUCGGAAAGAAGACCCGGAGAGAGCCUAGUCCACACUUCCUGUGGAUUUCAUUCGGCACUCACUAGAGACUCAUAGAACCCGAUGGGAACUUAUAGAACCCGAUGGGAACUUAUAGAACCCGAUGGGAACUUAUAGAACCCGAUGGGAACUUAUAGAACCCGAUGGGAACUUAUAGAACCCGAUGGGAACUUAUAGAACCCGAUGGGAACUUGUAGAACUAUAUUAGAACUCCUAGAACCCCAUGGGAACUUAUAGAACUAUAUGAGAACUCAUAGAACCCUAUGGAAACUCACAGAACCCUAUGGGAGCUUAUAGAACCCUGUGAGAACUUAUAGAACUCAUAGAACCCUAUGGGAACUUAUAGAACUAUAUGAGAACUCAUAGAACCCUUUGAGAACUCAUAGCUGUUAGAAACCAUGACUCACCAUCCAUUGACACUCCACAGGGCCAAUUCCAUAGCAUCACUGCUACAGACAGAUCCCUACCUAGCUCGCUAUAGAAGCCUAGAACCAUACACUUCUUCAUAAAGACUAAAGUCUUUAAUUAAGACCCAGUCCUCCAAAAUGUCUAAAUAUGCAAGGGGAAAAAGAGCACUAUCAUGGCUUUUUUUUAAUGUUAAGAACAACCAAAUGAAAACUGUCACGUAAAAUAUGGUGAAUUCAGUGUGACAUUCCAGUAGCAUCUCUCACCCCAGUCUGUGCCCGCACACAGGGGUAACUCACAACAGGGGAGACCUGGACCAACUCUGUAACUUGUCUCCUGUGUUGUGCUGCUGACUGACUGGGAAUAUUAGUGUGCGUGGGCUCACUCCGAGCCAUUCCUAUUGGAUAUAUACAUCUCUUGUCUGGGCUAACUGGUCCACUGAUUAUUUAGUCACCAGUAUAUCUGUUGGUUUAAUGGUAGGCUAUAUAGUAAGUUACCAAUAUGUGUUGGUGCACUUGGUAUAGUCACCAAUAUAUAUUUGUUGGUUAAAUGGUUAGAUUCACUUACGUACUGUCUCCUAGGUAACAAACAGGAGGGCAUCCAUCUUGUUUACAUUCUGUUCCCCUGACUGAAACGACGUCCACUUCCCCUACCGUAACUAGGCUGUAGUUUGAUUCAUGGGAAAUGUGUCGUCAUGACGACGGCCAGGAGUAUUUCCUGACCAUUUCCUGGGGAAACUCUGACCAGAAGAAACUCGGGGCCUUCUGGUCUGGAAACCCUCCAAGCCCUAGUCAUGACUGUUCACUGUAUUAAGUCGUUUAGAUUCACUUUUUGUUUUAUCAUGUAACCUCAUGGGGCAGUUGCAUUUGACUCGACUCAGCCUAAUCCUGGACUAAAAGGCACUUUCAAUGGAGAGUUGAUGUUCAAUGGCGUCACCAUUGGAAGUGAUUUUUAGUCGAGGAUUAUAGGCUUAAGCUGGUAUAUUGUUGCCUGGCUACCCAUCCACAUCACUCCGGCCAACUGAAGUUUCUUCUCCAUGAUGAGUCUGGAUUUGCCUCCCUCCCUGAUGAUUUCUAGAAUGUGGACACAUUCUGACCGUUCUGAUUGGUCCCAGAAACUGAUGGGUUGGGCCAAAUCCGGGCCUUCAUGGACGACGUUAUCAACUUUGAUACUCUGGUUAGAUUUUGUUAGACCAUCCAAUCGCUGUUGAAUUUGUUUUGUACAAUGCCCCUCAUUUUGAAGUCACACAGACAACUUCUAGGGUGGCAGUUUCAGACAAUGUAUGUAGGGAUCGAUAGAGCAGCGAAAUGAAAUUCAGGGUGAGUUGUCUGACAAGGUUUAGUGCAAUUAUCUGUGAGACAACUGAGGUAAGACCUAUGAUUGGAGGACCAAUGGCUUUGGUAGGGAGUGUCUUUGAAAUAUGUAUCUUUGACUGAAAGAUUCUCUCUAACGGUAUAGUACUUCAUGUCUUCAUCUGUUUAUAAUGUAUGCGCUGCUUGGUUCUAGAAGUUCUUUACGACAAAAAGUUCAUCUACUAGGUCAAAACCAACCUACACCAAAGUGCUGAUCUUUUUUUGCUUGUACAUAAUUGCACAUUGUAUUUUUCCAUUUAGAAAUAAUAAUAUUGAUAAUGUACAAUAUUUACUUUUUAAAGUGCAGUUUUAUACCUAUUUAAGUGAGCAUCUGUUUUCUGACUGGGAGGUCUUGGAGAGUAUGUUAGGAGUGUGUUAAAACAGAUUCAAUGUUAGUCAGGGCAGGUCUAUGUUGUUACUGCAUAGAUGCCUGGAUGAAGAGACCUCUUGAUAGGCUGCUGAAAUAGCACCCUAUACCCUACAUAGUGCACUACUUUUGACAUGGGGCGCUGGUCACCAGGGGUGCAGUGUAUAGGGGGCUAUUUCGGAUGAAGACGGACUGUAUUUUCCAUUCAUACUCAACACUUCCAUGCCAACGGUAUCAGUCUGCAGACUUGCAGCCGUGGUCCUAUGGGGUGCUAGCACCUGUGAGAACCGCAUUUCAAGGCACCUUUCAGGAAGUGGCUGCAAGUCUCCAGACCGAUGCCUCUCUCUAUACCCUACGCUCCUGACCUGUGCAGCCCUCUACAUGUUAAGUGAACCCCGUCUACUAUAGCGACGAAACCAACUGGGAAGUCAGCCAGGCAUUACAGUAUAUGCCUGUCUUAACUCUGUGUUCACUUUUGAUUUGAGCAUGCCUUUUAUUUUGAUGUGGCUUUGUUUUAAUGAUAAUCAACAUGUCUGUUUUCUGGGUCUGUGACUGCAGUGUCUGAGAUGUUCGGUCUAUGUUCCUUCACUGGGAAAUGGGAGGACGGGUCAGAAAUGGGUGGUUGUCGAUCAGAUCCUAACUUGAGAGAUGUUGCGCGUUAAGUUGCUCAACUUUUGUGAAAGUUCUCUACUGACAUCUGAGCAUGGAUUUCUGACAAGGUUUAAUUUACACUUGACUCAAGUUAGGGUUGCGUUUGUGUGUUGUCCUUGUCUGCAGACCGUGCCAUGUUUUUAAUCACACAGGGUGCACAAAUAGUGCUGAAAUAUACUGUCAAAUUGUACAGCUGUAGCCUACACACGUGCGCUAUAAUGUUAAAAAGGAAUCAUAAAAACACUUCGUAACGCAAGUCUGUUUCCCUGUUGAGUUUCAUUUUGAAAUGAAUAAGACCACUGUAAAAAAAAAAAAACGUUUGUAAAAAAGCAACAUAAUACUUUCAGCUUACUCAAUACUGGUCUGCUUCUUUAAAACUUGUAUAAAUGCUCUAUUCUUAUUUCUUCUCUGGCAUUUGUAGCAUAUGUGUAUAUGUACAUUUCAAAAUCAAAUGUAAUAUCUUUGCUUGGACUGUCAAAUGUGAAUGACUGUACAUAGUUUUUUUUUUUCUAAACAUUGCUCUAACAUCAGUCUUUUGUUUAACUGUGAAAUAAUCAAACUUUUGAAUACUGUACACAAGUGCUGUGAAAGGAGAUUAAAGUAUAUUACCCUGU